AUGACUUCACAUCAGCGGCGUGUCCGGCUGCAGCCGCCCGCAUGCACUACCGCCCAAAAAGUACAGCUGACUCACAAGCUGUUUUUGCUGGAAAAUGCCCGUCAUUCACUGAAUGAAGAACUCAAUAAUUUCACUAAUAAGGCCUAUGAAGAUGUCCAGAAUUUUUUGAAUGCAUCUUUUCCCUUCACUGUGUUCAGUGAUCUCCUAAUGGCCUUGGAUGCCAAAUCUCAAGCUAUUGACAAGCUCUCAGCUUUAUUAAAGGACCUAACACUUGAACCUCAAGUUUGUGUCCAGCGUGCUGGUGAAAAUGGGAUGAAAACCUUCUGUCUUCCACUCAAAGACAAAACUGUCUUGAUGACUGAUGUUAUCAAGUUUGGGCCUCUGUUGCAGAAUACGCUGAUGGCCAGCUCUAUAGCCAAAGCAGUCCAGGUGGUUGGAGCCACAUUGUCGUUUCAGCAGUUAAAACAUUUUCUCAUCCCUCAGGCAUCAGUGGUCCAGGAGCAGUGUGAUAUGAUUUGCUGCCUUUCAUCUAGCCACGACUCUAGUGAGCACAAAACAACCCCAUCCUUCCACUUGAAGGCUGAAGAAGAAACGGCAGCCACAGCGGUUUCUUCUGAGGAAAAAUGCCUUCCAAAUGCAGUGAUGCUGCCACCUGCCAUUAUUGACGCUCACAAGAGUGUUACAGAGAAUACGCCACUUCUGCCACCCUUUAAAACUACACUCCCAGAAAAUGGCAACGUCAAACCCCUACAUACAAUACUGUUAACGGAAUGGGGACAGAGUGGUGAGGUCCAGGUACCACACCAAAAACAAUCAUCCAUCCAGCUCCUGUCCUUAAUUAGAACAAAGGCUAAAAGCAUGAAUUCUCUGGAUGUCGCUGUUGUCAAGCAUAGAAACGCUUCUAUGUACACUUCAGGCUCGUCACAGCCAGCAUCUCCCAACAUAGAAGCACAAAGCUACCAAUUCAAACAUGAGUUGGCAGAUGAAGCAGUGGAUGCAUUAGCUCCAAAAACACUGCUCUCAGAUGCUGAAAACCAAGGCCCGGUUUUCAGAGUGAAACGAGUGGAAUCAAGUGGCUCCAUGACUUACACCUGUGUGAUUGCAUCACAGACUGAAUUGUGGGAUGUAGGAGACAUCGUCACAGAGACAGGACAGGGUUACUCUGAAACCAGCUCUUUGGAGAGUGAAGACAGCCAAAAUAUAGUGAAGAGCUCCUGUGAAAACACCCAGUGGAAAACCAAGUCUGUCACAAAUCCUCAACAUGAGAGCAGCUGUGUUGGUUCAAAAACACAAGCCAUCAACCAUGUAACCAUUCCAAAAUUUCAGAACCGGAGAUUUGACGAGAUUGAGGUUGUGGUGUCUCAUAUCGUCAGCCCUGGCAGCUUCUAUAUCCAGCAUGCAGACUCCAACACCAAGCUGCAGGCUCUUGUCAUAGACAGCUGGAAACCAAGUAGUUCAUACACUGAGCAGAACUGCAUACCAGACAUUGGAACCCAAGUCAUGGCUUGGUUCCCUCAGCAUGAAGAGUGGUGCAGGUCUCAGGUGAUGAAGAUAUGUGGAGUAAGUGGAGGCGAUAAUACCAGUGAAUGUACUGGGAGUGAGUUGUCCAUCAAAGUUGAGGUGAAGAGACUGGACUAUGGGGACACUUCCUGCUUGUCACUGAGGAACAUGAAGGAGCUGACCCAAGAAAUGGCUGCCCUACCAGUCCAGGCUAUACAGGUCACCUUGGCACAUGUAAUGCCUGUGAAUGGAAAACAUUGGUCUGAGGAGGCAUUGGGCUGGUUCAGAGCAAUGGUACACAACAGGACACUCUAUGCCCGGCUUUACCCACAGGGGCCCAAAGUUACAGUCGAUCUCUUCCUGGAAAGGGGACAGCUGGGGGCUAUGAGGAGGGGCGCUUCCCUGUCCUUGAGACUGACCCAGAAUGGACAUGCCAAACACGAUAAACUGAAGACUACUGGUCCCAUGAAAAGAAAUACUGCUCAACUUGAGAUGAAAAAGCAGGAGUCCAAAUGGGAGAAAUACCUCAUCUCGUGUUAUACUCAAAGUAGAAUGCAAAUGCCUCUUCUUCAGUGAGUCAGACAAAUCUGAUACAUUGGCA